UCGUCUUCUAGGGGUCAUGAAAGAUCGAGAAAACGUAAAAGUAGAGAGUCGGCCGACGGACUCGAUUACAAUACUUCCUUUGCUUACGCUCGGGAAGUAAAAAUUCAAAAGUAACGUUGCUCGGUUUCACUGUAACACAUGUCACCCAGUUUGUCAGCGUACGUCACACUUUAAUUUUUUAUUUACGUAUAAAAUAAACAUCCACAUGUCAUAAAACCCCACCAUGUUUACGAGGGUAAGUCUCACCGUGUUUCUUCCCCAUCUAACACUUGUCCAGCUCUUCAAAAUGUUCCUUCGGUUCGGAUCAAGGCAGCCUUACAGGAUCUCACGCAUCGAACUGAAAAGCUCAAAUCCUGCGUGUUUGUUGCUCGAGUGGUUAGAGCAAGCAGAGAAACGUGGAGCAAAAGCCAGAGCCAUGAACUUAGCGACUGCGACAAAAAAUGGCGAAGUCAGUAGUAGACACGUGGCAAUUUCGGAAAUCACAGACGACGCAUCCAUUGUCUUUACCAGUCAGAACUACACAUCCAAGAUAACAAAUAUUGAGGAAAAUCCGCAAGUGGCUGCCACCAUCUUGUUGCAGUACGAAGAUUCCGGCGUAAACAUUCUCAAACAGAUCGUUUUGACGGGUAAAGCUGUGAAGCUUCCGCACGAAACGUGUAAAGAAUACUUUACGAAAGUUAUAACCGUUUCGCAACAGAUCAGAUACGUGCUGACAAAAAAAAGUGAAUGGGUCGACUGCGACGAGUUUAACGAGGCACACGAUACUUUAUUGACAGAUAUUUCUACAAAGGGAACUAAACUUGAGAUGCCUGAUACGUUGGUUGCAUACAAAAUCGUCCCGCAUACUUUAGAUUUUUAUUAUAUGUCCCAGCACAACAUCGGCGACAGACUUGUCUUCACUCGAACUAACGACAACCAGUGGAAGUGUGUGAGAAAGCUGACGUAG